AUGGACUCUCAACAGCCUUCACCGGCCUUUAAUACGCCAUCGGCUGCUUCAACACCUAUGACUCCUUCAAUGUCUACUUCCAACUCUCAACAACAACCUCAACAGCUUCAGCUCCAGCAUAUUCACCUGUUGCCCACAAACCAAUCCUCCUCAUCAGCUUCUUCAGAACCACAGGCAAAGAAACGUAAAAGAGUUACUAGAGCUUGUGAUGAAUGCCGAAAGAAAAAAGUCAAAUGCGAUGGUCAACAACCAUGUAUUCACUGUACUGUCUACUCUUAUGAAUGCACAUAUGACCAACCAUCUAAUAGAAAACGAAUACCUGAUAUUCGUCGAGUCGAAAACAAACUUAAAUGUGCAGAAACUAUCGUGUCAGCUCUACUCCCAGGCGUUGAUGUUUACUCGCCCUCGUUCAACCUCGUAAACUUCCUCGAAUCCAUCCAAAAGGCCCGUGUCUCUAAAAAUGAUUCACCACUUCAUUCAUCCUUAGUGGCUAUUACAAAACUCGGCUUAGGUAACUCAAAUUCUUCUGUUGGAGGAGUUGCAAAUGAGAUUGAUGAAGAAACUGGUCUUCCCCGUGGAAGUACCCUUCCUUCAAAGUUUCAGAAACUCUCUCGUGAUGGUUCUGGAUUCCCUAUCAACUCCUCAGCCUCUGGUAACAAUGGUCCAAACUCUAUGGCCUCUUCAUCUACUUCAGACGACGUUGAAACAAAUGUCCUCAACACACUUUAUUCCCCCCAGUCCACAUAUGGAUCCCCUGAUACCCACGUUGGCAGGGAAAUCAAAAUUAUUCUUCCUCCAAAGCACGUUGCUAGUGAGCUCAUCGAGGCUGUCUGGGAUAAUGCCUGUGUGCUUUUCCGCUUCUACCAUAGACCUUCCUUCAUUAGAGAUUUGGACCUGCUUUAUGAAACAGAUCCUGAUGACUAUACAAAUAAGCAGUACAAGAUUCUACCUCUAGUCUACUCUGUCAUGGCUGUAGGUGUUCUUUUCUCUAUGGAUAAGUCUGACAAGCUUGGCUUUAAAGAUGCCUCCGAAGGUUACAAGUAUUUUGUCGCCGCCCGCAAACUUAUCGACAUUGCCGAUGCACGUGAUACUUAUGCCAUCCAGUCCAUUGUCAUGAUGAUUAUCUUUCUCCAGUGCUCUGCGCGUCUUUCUACAUGCUAUUCUUAUAUUGGUGUAGCACUCCGAUCAGCCCUGCGUGCAGGUCUCCAUAGAAAAGUUGCUUACAACUUCAACCCUAUCGAGCUAGAAACCCGCAAACGUCUCUUUUGGACCAUUCGGAAAAUGGACAUUUAUGUUAAUGCCAUGCUCGGUCUUCCACGGUCCGUAGCCGAGGAAGAUUUUGACCAGGAAUUACCAGAAGAAAUUGAUGAUGAAAAUAUCACUGAAGAUGGCUACUUCCCACAAAAGGAGGGCAAGCUUUCUUCUGCUGGUAUUGCUAAUGCUCACACUCGUCUCAUCACCAUUCUCUCACACAUUAUGAAGUACAUUUACCCUGUCAAGCAGGACACUUCAGAGGCAAAUGCCUCAAGCACGGCUCCUCUCUAUAAUGUUGCUCACGCCAAGGUCGCCGAAAUGGAAGCUGAAAUCCGCCAGUGGUUGGAUUCGUUACCUGCAGAGCUGAGGCCCGGUGUUUCGCCGUCUGCAGAGUACGUCAAGGCCAACCGGUUACUCCAUCUGGCUCUCUGCCACAUUCAAAUUGUACUUUAUCGACCAUUUAUCCAUUACUGCAGCCCCAAGUUUAAGGGUGAUGAAAAGGCUCGUGCUUCAGCUCUCAACUGUAUUAAGGUCUCUCGCACCACUAUGCAUAUUGCUCAUGACUUGGUUUCUAAAAAGUUACUAAAUGGUGCCUACUGGUUUUCCAUCUACACAAUCUUCUUUUCAGUGGCCUGCCUCGUCUACUAUGUUCACGAGAACCCUCGCGACCCCGAGGCUUAUGAAAUCCGUCGCGAUGCUGAACUCGGCAAAAAUGCCCUCACAUCUCUUAAAGAUUCGAGCAUGUCUGCGCAGCGCACAUACAAUUUGCUCAAUACUCUUUUUGAGCAGCUCAAUCGCCGUACCGCAAAAAUCCCUGUGGCCGGUUCUUCUGGGUCUACACCUACUUCGGUGUCAGCUACAUCAAAUGCUGCUACCACCACCACUACUUCAGCUGCAUCCAAUAAUAAUAAUAAUAAUAAUAAUAAUGCCAUCGACCUCACUGCUCCAGAAGCAAGUGUACCGGGACCUCAGGCCCUUUCCUCAUCCGCAGCAUCUACCCCUGCGUCGACCUCUUCUACAUCUUCUGCCCCAGUAUCGCUGACCAAGCCUAUUGAUCAACAAAUUGAGUUUGGCGCCGCAGCAUCUGGUGUUACUGACAUUGACUCUAAUGUCAAUUUAGUGGCUGUUGGUGCUGCUGCAGGAUCGCCUGGAAAUACAGCCUCAUCAUUUUACAACAACCCUGCUGCUGCUGCAUCUGCUCCGUCUCUUAUGACAUCGACGACAACGUCGCACAACAAUCCUCCUGUGCAUGUACGUGGUAAGCGCGGCCGGCCGCCAAAUAGCGCUCGUCGCGGAGUGAAUCGCAAUAACUUGAAGAACAAUAACACUAGCAGCACCAGCAACAGUAGCGCCAGUAACAAUAAUAAUAAUAAUCACAGCCCACAUUCUACCACUAGUGCUGCAAAUACACCAACCCCUACACAUAAGACUCUGCCACACUCGGUGGGACACACUCCACAAUCACAAACAGCGUCACCGAUUGCUACUUCGUCGCUCAAUCAUAUUAGUAGUAUCCAGCUACCGACAAGUGCCCUUAGUUCAGCUUCUACUCCACCAGACUCUGUUGUACCUAAGGUUAACCCAUUGUUUGCUGAUGUUUUGGGCAGUAACAAGCCUACGUCGACGGUUGCUGGCGGCCCUGACUCGUUAUUCCCAGGUUUGCCAAACUUUGCGUUUGAUCCUGCCACUACUUUAUCUUCCAACGGAACAACCAAUACACUUCAAUCAGCAGGAAAUGGUUCUGUCGACACUAGCAGCAGCACGGGUCCUUCAGAUACGGAGUCACCACACUUGUAUGUUCCUGGCAUUAUGGACCAAGUAGAUGCACAGUUGUUUGGUCGAUUCCUGCCGCCGUAUAUGCUACAACAGACACAAAGUGCGCCACUCGGCGGUAGCAGUGGGCCUCAUGUUGGUCUAGGCGGAGUCAAUGGCACCACCACCCGGAUUAAUGGCAACAACAAUAAUAACACAGUCACUAAUAAUAGCAACAAUGGUUCAAAUAAUAACAAUGGAUUAUUGUUUGCCAAUACUAAUACUACAGAUCUUGAUUCGUUGAUGGUGCCUGGACGUCUUCGUAUGGACUCGACGGGACCUUCUUCUGGGCUGCAGAUGUUUAACGGAAAUAAUACCGGAGCACAUACUGGCGACAAUGUGAUGAAUUCGUCUACAAAUAGUGUUUUGGGCAAUAAUAACAAUAACAACCAGCAGCAGCAGCAACAGCAGCAGCAACAGCAGCAGCAGCUACAACAGUCAGGAUCGUCUUCUUCAGGUAUUACAGAUGAUCGGAGGUUAAGUUUGUCGACGUUAUUUAACAAGAAUUGGGACGAGUUUCUUGCGCAACACAAUGAGUUGUCAGGUCUUAACAGUUUUAUGACGCAAUGA